UCGUUGCCGCACGUUAUAAUGCUCGAAGCCCACGAACGGAACGAACGUUCGACGACAGUCAUUCAGAGCUCGACCAGUGUGCCACACGUUUCGUGGCUUCUCUAAUCCUCGUGCUACGUCGUGCUGGAUCACAUCCGCCCUCAGCAGUUGCCGGCGUCGACGAUCGGACCACCCGAACCAACCGGAACAGGAACUAAGGAUACGGAGAGGAAGAACGAUGCUUUGAGUACGUCGCGUGUAUACCGGACAUCAUAUCCCGGUGAAUUUUCUCUGUGACGCGUCGAUCGUCGAUAGAGGCUAUCCUUUGUCUAUAUGCAACAGUGACCAGUGAUAUUCGACAAGAGAACUACACAGAAUCUCUAAAGGUUGAGCAUCGCGUUUCCUCCGAAUAUUGAUUAUUCGGAAGGAUGUCGAAGUCGGGAAGCAUCAAGGAUGACGAGAAGGGGCCGUAUGACCCGGUUCCAAUCGCCGACAAAGCCAACGACGAGAUCAAACUAGAGGCGAAGAUGUCCCUAUUGAAUGGAAUUACCGUGAUCGUUGGCUCCAUUAUUGGUUCUGGCAUAUUCGUUAGCCCGACCGGCGUUCUCAAGUAUACAGGAAGCGUGAACGCGAGUCUUCUGGUAUGGACAGCUUCUGGUAUCUUCUCCACGGUAGGUGCGUACUGUUACGCGGAACUAGGUUGCAUGAUCAGAAAGUCGGGUGCCGAUUACGCGUAUAUCAUGGAGACCUUCGGACCCUUUCUGGCGUUCAUCAGGCUCUGGGUUGAGUGCAUGAUAGUCCGACCUUGCAGCCAGGCCAUCGUUGCCUUGACUUUUAGCGUUUACGUGUUGAAGCCAGUGUUUCCGGAUUGUGCACCGCCGGACGAUGCCACGAGGAUAUUGGCAGCGUGCUGCAUCUGCAUCUUGGCGUUCAUUAACUGCUGGGACGUAAAAUGGGCGACGAGGGUGCAAGACAUUUUCACAUACGCAAAAUUACUCGCUCUUUUCAUCAUCAUCUUCGCAGGAGCUUAUCAACUCUUCACUGGACACACGCAGUAUUUCACGUUCGACAAUACAAACACAGAAGUGACGUCGAUAGCACUCAGCUUUUAUUCGGGACUGUUCGCUUACAACGGCUGGAACUACUUGAAUUUCAUCAUCGAGGAACUGAAGGACCCUGUAAAGAAUUUGCCAAAGGCUAUUGCUAUCUCGUGCGUCCUUGUUACAACAGUCUACGUUUUCGCAAACAUGGCAUUUUACACAACGCUGAGUCCAGUGGAAGUUCUCGGCAGUGAGGCUGUAGCAGUCACGUUUGCGAAUCGUUUGUUCGGCAUGUUCGCUUGGAUGAUACCAGUAUUCGUCGCCCUUUCCACAUUCGGCGCUGUAAAUGGAAUUCUUCUGACAUCCUCCAGACUCUUCUACGCUGGUGCCUGUGAGGGUCAAAUGCCUGAAAUAUUAACGAUGAUCCAAAUUUCGAGGCUCACCCCUACGCCAGCUGUUCUUUGCAUGACCAUGUUGUCUAUGUUGUAUCUCUGCUCUUCCGACAUCUUCGCCCUCAUCAAUUACGUUGGUUUUGCUACUUGGUUGAGCAUAGGAGUUUCUGUCCUUUGUCUACCAUGGCUCAGAUGGACACAACCAAAGCUGCUGAGGCCCAUCAAAGUGAACCUCUUCUUCCCCAUAAUCUAUAUUCUUGCCACGCUCUUUGUAACUAUUGUGCCCAUGUAUGCCAGUCCUGUAGAAACAGGAUAUGGUUGCCUGAUGAUCCUCUCAUCCAUACCCGUAUAUUUUGUGUUUGUCGCGUGGAAAAGCAAGCCCAAGUUUUUUCAGAAUGGAGUCGUAAGUGUUACGAAGUUCCUGCAGAAGAUAAUGCUGGUCGUCGGCAAGUCGAAACCCGCUCAGGUUUAACCGCAGUCACAAUGGAUCCUUUCGACAACGAUGACUUCCGGUUCCAAGAGAACUAGGCACUAUUCAGAAUGCUCAGAGGAAAUUCCGUUUUCUUUAAGAAAAUUUAUUUCAUAUUUAUCUACGUGGCAAAUUUGAAAAGUCUGUGCAAACUUCAAAAUAUCGGAUUUAAAAAUCUAAUUCAAUUGGAACAAUAUUCGUUCUCUGAGCAUAAAGGGCGUCCUUAUUAGAGGCAGCCAUAUCAAAUCAGGACGCCUACCAGUAGACAACAAUAAAAAUCUGGUUCUCUUGUCUAGUCGCCAUCCGUGUUAAACUGGUUUCGGGAUUUUUGCGGUAAUUUAUCAUUCACACGUUUCAUCCAACGGAGGUGUAACAUCAUAGACAACCAAUGACCACAAAGAACUGCUGUAUUUUAACAUAAAGAACCAUCGGCAUGUAACCACUGUCAAAAGAAAACAUGAUUUGCCCCUCCACUGGAUACGUGAAUACGACUUGAAAGAGACAUUCUAUCGUUA